AUGCCUAUUGGUACGGACGUCUUAUCGGUAAAAGCGACGGAUCAGGAUAGUCCGACGGCUUUGCUCGAUUACAAUAUUGUUGGAGGAAAUGGCAUGGCAUUUUUUGCAAUAGACAGCUCAGGUACUAUACGAACGUCAAGAGUUUUGGAUCGUGAGGAGCAAAGUGCCUAUUGGUUGACCAUCGAAGCCAGUGACAGUCCACAGGCCCGUGUGGCAAAGACGGGGGUGCUGCAUGUGUUUGUUCGAGUACUGGAUAGAAAUGAUCAUCGUCCAGUGCCAAUGCUACCGAUCUACUACGCAAAUGUGAAGGAAAAUUCGCCACAG